AUGGAAACAGACCAUCAACAGAGUGGCAGUUUCUUGCCGUUUUUGCAGUUCUGCGGAGACUUGAAGCGGGUGAAGCGUACAGGUUGGGUGAUGAAAGGAGUUCAAGAUGCGGAGAGCGUGUCUGAUCACAUGUACCGCAUGGCUGUUAUAGCGAUGCUCUUCACAUCAGAUGUGCAGAAUACGGGAAUGCCGUGCAUUAACAGAGAACAUUGUAUCAAAAUGGCUCUCGUUCACGACCUCGCUGAGUGUAUUGUGGGUGACAUCACGCCAUUCGAUGGAAUCAGCAAAGAAGAAAAGAGUCAGAGAGAGAAGGAAGCCAUGGUACAAGUCACCAGUUGUCUACCCAAACUAACAGCAAAAGAAUUCACAUCCCUAUGGGAAGAAUACGAGGCUGGGUUGACUGCAGAGGCACAACUAGUGAAGGAUUUAGAUAAAUUUGAAAUGAUACUACAAGCAUAUGAAUAUGAGAAAGGUAUGGUGCAGUCGUGUGGAGCUGAGAACAGACCAGGAGAGCUUCAAGAAUUCUUUGAUUCAACAGCAGGUCGCAUCAAACAUCCACUCAUUGACAGCUGGUCAGAAGAGCUACGCACACUUCGUCACAAAGAAACCAACAACGACUAA